GUUUGUGGAUGUGCGUCUUGCGAUCAAGCUUUCCUGCGCCACAUUUCGAUGCUAAAAUUCCAUAUAUCCAUAGACUGUCUGUCAAUAAAAACGAUUGACUCAAUAAAUGUGCAAAGGUAAUCAAAUUGAUAUAGGCAAUAAUUCGCAUGUUCAGAAUGACUGUAAAAUGUACACUUUUAUUUUGGGCUCUGAAGUGCCUCGUUCUAUGAUCGCCAAUGCGCAUCGGUCUGCGCAUCUCUGAUCCUUCGGAACUACAACCGUGGACGCUCGCACUGACAUCGAAAGACCUCCUCCGCAAUCCGACGAAGGAGGCUCCGUUUAUGGCCCUACUACAUCGGCAUCCCUGACGGAGCUAUCGGCCUGUCCUGGACCAUUCCUUGCUGCCUUCUAUUUCGUUAUUUUCCGGAGGACUUGACCUUUAUAGCCUUCGUAGAUCAUUCUAAAGAACUCCGCAUCCCCUCUGCUAUGCACUUUUAGACCAGAUCUAUAAUUCCCGCGAUCAAUAUCUCAUCUCCCACAAUCGCCUUGUCUCGUCCCUGCCUCGUCCUCUCAUCGAACCCCAAGAAUGCAGCCCAAUGCAGUAAUGUUGGCUGUGGUCCUUUUUGGAAACUUGGUGCUGCAUUACGUCUCGGCUCAAAACGCUGGGUUUGUGAAGUCGCCAAUGUCUGAGACUAAGCUCACGCUGGACACCUUUGAGCUGUACUGCGACGUGAUUGGUAACCCCACCCCCGAGAUCCAGUGGUGGUACGCCGAGAUCAACCGCGUCGACUCCUUCAAGCAGCUGUGGGACGGCGCCCGCAAGCGCCGCGUGUCCAUCAACACGGCCUACGGCAACAACGGGGUGAGCGUGCUGGGCAUCACGCGCCUCACGCUGGAGGACUCCGGGACCUACGAGUGCCGGGCCAGCAACGACCCGCGGCGCAACGACCUGCGCCAAAACCCCGCCAUCACCUGGAUCCGAGCCCAGGCCACCAUUUCGGUGCUGCAGAAGCCCAAGAUCAAUGCGUCAGAUCAGAUCAUCCUGCCCUCGGAGACCAAAGGGCCCCCUGUCACCCUGCAGUGUAGCCUGACCAACGCCCACGAAGGCCAACAAGAGAGCUUCUGGAUGAAGAACGGAGUGGAGAUCGCAGACACACGGAACGAGCAGAAGAACACGGAGUACAUAAUCAAGAAACCAAGGUCAGACGACGCAGGGGAGUACAUGUGUGUUUACACGUUUGAAAUGGCUCCCAACGCCAACGCCACUAUAGAGGUAAAAGCGGCACCUGAGAUCACGGGCCACAAGCGCAGUGACAAUAAGAACGAGGGGCAGAGUGCUCUGUUGUACUGUAAGUCUGUGGGCUACCCCUUUCCCAUCUGGACAUGGCGUAAACUGGAUGGCUCAAACUACAUGGAAAUCGAUAACUCCUCUGGCCGCUUCUUCAUCACCAACAAAGACAACUACACAGAGCUGAACAUCGUCAACCUGAACCGCACCUCGGACCCUGGUGAAUACCAGUGCAACGCUACCAACCACAUUGGCACCAAGUCCAUGUCGUCCAUCCUGCGGGUGCGCAGCCACCUGGCACCCCUCUGGCCCUUCCUGGGGGUGCUAGCGGAGAUCAUCAUCCUGGUGGUCAUCAUCGUAGUGUAUGAAAAACGCAAGAGGCCAGACGAUGUGUUGGACGAUGAUGAGCCAGCCGCACCAACGAAAACAAAUUCGACAAACAACCACAAAGACAAAAACGUGCGCCAGAGGAAUACGAAAUGAGAAGCUACUCGUUACAAUGACUAACUGCAUAUCUUGACCACAUGAAGGUAUCUGAGGAGGGAGCUCCAGGCAAUUUUUAAUGAAGCAUAUCUCGUCUCUCUCUUAUGAGAAAAAACAAUAACAGCGUAACACUGGCAGAAAAGAACAAGAUGGCUGUCUUAAGCAUGACUUAUUCAGUCUUACAUGAACAGUCCUGGACGGAGAGAUGACUAAUUCCAUCACGAAAGGUGUGCACAUCUUUUUUUGUGUGCCGUUUGAUGUCUCUUUUAUUCAUUUCAUCAUGUCCUCCAACCAGAGGUGAUCCUUUUUGUAUUACAUAUCAUGUAAAACGCAUGCAAAUUAUUACGCAAUAGGAUGCCCAGAAUAGACUUUGUUGUUUUCCCUCAUGUCUGUGUGGCUAUUUUGCAUCCAAAGGAAUUAUGUUUUUUUAUGAAAUUGUCCUGACCUGAAAAAUACUGUUAUAUUCUUAAAUAACUUUGUACAGGUGAUUCAUUAAACUAUGUUUGAUUUAGUGAAAGGAAAGUCCACUCUUAACAGCCAUUAUAGUGAAAAUGUGAUGCAAGGGAUUCAAAGUCUGGCAGUAUUUACUUGAAAAUGAUUAUAGAAAAUGACUACUAUAUAUCUAUCUAGUUAUAUAUAAAAUUACAAUUAAGUGUUUAUUUUUCAGAGUAACAUAGGAUGUCUUGUAUAUGUUGAGGUAUGAGUGUUCAAACAAUAGCAAAUACUGUAUGUGAAGAAAAAAAUACAUUUUAUAUUUCCCAACUUAAUUCAUUCAUUUUUAUUUUUCUGAAAUUGUACAGCAUGGCUAUUAUCCUAUGCAAUAUGUAUUCAUAUAUAGAUAUAUUGGGGGUAGUUUGUUUUUCUCAGUGAAGCUUUAAUAUUGUGGGAUCACUUGGAAGCUGGAAUAGCAAAAUGCACUGCUGUAGCUGCAUGACUCCUGUCCUAUAAAUACAGUGUAUCCAUGUGUAUUGCAGUGCAAAUGGACCGACAUUAGGCUGGAAAUGGAAGGAGCUUCGGUAUCUCUAGCCACAAUAAAACAUCAGACCAAUAACAUACGAGACCAAUACAUUUUUGAAAAUAAAAGGCUCCAAAAUACA